AUGAGGUUCGAUUCGGUGCUUCGUCAAAUUGGCGAAUUUGGACCAUAUCAAAAAUGGAUUUAUUUCUUAGUAUGUAUUCCUGGAAUAACUCAUGGUAUUCGAAUGAUGAUUACAGCAUUUAUGCAGUAUGUUCCAAAUCACAGAUGUGCUAUACCAGGAUAUGAUAAUGAUACAUACGCUGUACAAUCUGAGUACCAUCGACAACUCAUCAACGAAUCUGUACCUUACGAAUCUACAGACGGUCAUUACCAAUUAGCAAGCUGUUUGUUAUACACGACUGGUAAUUACAGCUAUGAUGGUCAUCACAUCCCUUUCAAUGCAACGACUACGAGUUGCAGUAAAUACGUCUACGACGAAAGUGUGUUUACGGCCACUGCUACAACCAAGCUGAACAUGGUGUGUGAUGAUGCUAUUCUAAGAUCACACGCACAGAUGGUGUUUAUGGGAGGUUUUCUUGUCGGAGUGUUCGCACUUGGUGCAGUGUCGGACAAAUAUGGUAGGAAGACAUCAUUUUUCGUUGCUUUAUUUUUAAAUAUUGUUUGUGGCUUUGCUUUGGUCGCUGCUCCAGAGUUCUACAGUUAUGUAUUUCUGAGGUUUAUUAAUGGCGGCUCUAGUGCCGGUAUCUUCACAGCCUCAUACAUUAUUGGUGUCGAAAUGACUGGGCCAUCCAAGAGAUUAUGGACAGGGUUAAUAAUGAAGUAUCAUUUUGCUAUCGGGAUAUUAGUAUUAGCUCUGAUGGGAUAUUUAAUAAGAGACUGGGUGAUAUUAGAAAUAGUAGCUACAGCUCCUUUGGUAACUUAUGUUAUAUUUUACUGGGUAAUUCCCGAAUCUCCACGUUGGCUUGUUACUAAAAAUAAAACAGAAAAAGCUAAGAAGAUACUAGAGAAGAUUGCAAGGAAGAAUAAGACCACACUACCUAAUGUUAGCAUAGAAAAUGAAGAUGAUAAUAAAAUUAGUCAAUUAGAAAGUUUUAAACGAUUGUUUACCACUCCGGUGUUAUUAUUUAGAACUUCUAUUAUAUUCUUUAAUUGGGCUAUAGUUGCAAUGACGUAUUAUGGGUUAUCGAUGAAUACCAAUAAACUUGGAGCUGGUGAUUUCUUUCUGAAUUUUUUUAUUGGUGGAUUAAUGGACUUUCCGGCUGUUACUGUAUGUUUAAUACUCAUUGAUAGAAUUGGUAGGAAAAAGCUACACUGUGGUUUCAUGUUAUUUGGUGGGAUCUGCACAUUUUGUACAAUUUUUACUAUUUUGUAUCUUGAUCAAGAGUAUCAAUGGAUAACUGUAAUGUUAGCUAUGAUUGGGAAGAUGGGUGCUGCAGCAGGAUUUGCUGUAGUAUAUGUCUAUUCGGCUGAAUUAUAUCCUACAGUCGUCAGAACAGCUGCGUUUGGUGCGAGUUCUGCAAGUGCUAGAUUUGGCAGUAUGGUAGCUCCAUAUAUUGGUCGAGUAAUUGGUGGUGACUUUGGUCGAGCUUUCCCAUUAAUGAUGUUUGGUGGAUUAUCCAUAGCGGCUGGCUUACUUUGUUUAUUGCUCCCUGAAACUUUGAAGAAAGAUUUACCUGAAAAUAUUAAUGACGGGAAACUACUUGGAAUGUAG